AUGCUUUGGGAGAGGCAGGGGAGCUCUGAGGAGACAGCUCAUAAUGACCACAGCCUGGUAUUUGAUGACUUAACUCCAAAAGAGAUGGUCCAAGUGAAGAGGUACUUGGAAUACAACUUGGGGGUGCCACUGGUAGAUCCUCCUCAGGCCAAGCCGUCUGACAAUUGCAUAUAUUCCAUCGUCCUUCAGCUUCCACCCAAAGCAGAGGUGCUGGAAUUCCUAGACCAUCAAGGGAUCAGGCCCACACGAGAAGCUCUGACUGUGGUCUAUUUUGGAAAUCAGAAGGAUCCAAAUGUCACAGAGUAUGUGGUGGGUCCUCUUCCAAAGCCAACAUACCACCAAGACGUCACAGUGCAGAAGUAUGGAGGAAAGGUACCCUAUUACCGCAGGUUUCUUUUGAAAAUGGACUUGAUACGAAUAUUUCUUUUUCUGGCCAUUAAUGAAUACUCCAAGGCCCCAAAUUUUAUGCACAAAGUAAUUGGUUUCGAUGGAAUCAACCUGAUUUUUAUGCUUGCAUUGCCACCAGGAUUAAAAUCAGGAGAUCGCAAGAUCUGGCUGUGUCAGUUCCAAAAUGUUUUUGGUUAUCAUGUGCAUCCAGUUGGAUUGGAGGUUCAGGUGGAUAUCAGCAGCCUGGAUAUUUCUCAGUGGAAGGUGGUGAAAGUGUUUUAUAAUGGACAAUACUUUGAGGACAUGGGAGAUAUCGAGAGGCAAUACAAUCAGGGUCAAGUUAAAGUGGCCAAAGUCAAAAAGGCUCCUCUAAAUGGGGGAUACUCAUCACUGAAACCAAGGGUGCCACCCAAGGGACAAGGUCCAUUGCAGUAUGAACCCCGUGAGCCACGCUACAGCAUAAAGAAUAAUCAAGUUAUCUUCAUGGGCUGGAGUUUUGCCUUUGGGAUGGAUGCUAACAGGGGACCACGUAUUUUUGACCUCAGGUUCAAGGGUGAGAGGAUAGUCUAUGAGAUAAGCAUACAAGAUGCAAGUGCCCACUAUGGCUCCAACAAUCCAGCUUUAAUGCUGACCAGGUACAUGGACAUCAGCUGGGGACUUGGAUAUAACAGCUUCACACUCACUCAAGGUGUGGAUUGUCCUUACUUGGCUACCUAUUUGGACAGGCACUAUUUCAUUGAUUCCUCAUCACCCGUCACCCGCAAAAAUUCCAUCUGCAUUUUUGAGCAGAAUGCUGAGAUGCCUGUGCGACGCCACUAUACCAGUAUACUGAUUCCAUUUUAUGGAGCAUUGGCUGACUCUGUUCUUGUCCUCAGGGCCAUAUCUUCAGUUAGUAACUAUGACUAUAUCUGGGAUUUUAUAUUUCACCAAAAUGGGGCUGUUCAAGUCAGGAUUCAUCCCAGCGGGUACAUUCAAUCUUCUUUUUACUUUGGUGAUGCCAGAGAAUUUGGCAACAGGGUUGAGGAGUGGACAUUAGGAACAAUUCACACCCACAACAUUCAGUACAAAGUGGAUAUGGACAUUGGUGAUUUCAUAUGUAGACUAAAUAUGUCCAUGCGGCUCUGCAUCGGUGGCAACAGUAGGGCACGUCCUGUUAUACAGUUGUCCCUUGCCAGAAAACCCUUGCAGUUGGCGAAUUUGUGGUAG